AUGUCUCUGCCAAUAUCACCUCAUCGAAUGACAUCGCUCGACUCGACACCUUCUCUUUCGAGCAUGGCCACAACAUCAAGAAAGGAACUGGCAGCCUCCGUUCUGAUAAAUACUCCACAAAAUGUUGAUGAGGAGGUUGAGGUUGAAGAUUUAACAAUAGCAGAGAAAGAACAGCAACUAUCGAAUCAAACCAUUUCGGAAGAUCAACCAGUCGAACAAACUGCAGAAAAACCAAUAUCAUACAAUGAGGAAGAAGAAGCCGUAUCAAUCUCUACCAUAAAACCUUUGAGCCUUAUUGAGGAAAAUAAUUCAUCAUCAAUGGUCUCCUUUCAAGACUUUCUCACCCUCAAAAAGAACCAAAAACAGCAAUUAACAGGAGAGGGCCUUCCUCAAUCUUCUCCAAUUGUUUCUCCUCGCACUUUAGCUGCAGUGAAGAAGGAAUUGGACUCAAGUAGAGUUGAAAUACUUGAACCAGUCGAAGAGUUUUUGGACUCUUCCUCUCCAUAUAAGAAUGCCACUAGUUUUCGAAGUCAAUCUAAUGACAUGUUGCAAGAAAUUUCAGAGCCUUCUAGUUUAGGAGAGAGUGUAGAUGAAAUGUUGAUGGAAAGUGCUGCUGAAGAGGAUGAAUUGAUAACAGAGUCGGAAUCUUCCGAGCUUAUGUAUGCAGUUCCUUAUGAGGCGAGUCCUGACAUUCUUCCUCACUCUAAUAAUAUUAAGGUGAAGAAGAAUUCCGAGGAGAGAAAGAAGUUUAACAAUAGUUUUGCAGAAACACAACCUUAUGAAAUUACAAUUCAAUACGAAAAACAAUCUAAAGAGUUUAAACCUGGUGAAACUGUAAAAGGAUAUGUGAAAUUGAAAAAUGCAAUCAAAAUGGAAAUGAGUCAGGCAAUUAUUACCCUCUUGGGAAAGGAAUCUUUAUUCUAUCCACAAUUAUCUGUUGAAGAAAAUGUCAUUACACAAAUUGAGACUAGGUUUGGAAGAAGUAUUUUUUAUAGGGGAGCACACAUGUUGGAAUUUUCUUUCACUCUCCCAGAUAAUAUUGAACCAUCGAUUGUGAAAAACUUUGCAACCAUCAGUUAUACAAUCAAUGCAUCAGUCCAGUGUUUGCUGCAAAAUGUGGAUGGUGACUAUGAAGAGCAGUAUUUGAGCUGUAUUUCUUCAUUUACAGUACACAUUAAGGAAACGGCUAGUAUGCAACCAAUCAACUAUAGUUACGGCGAGAGCAGCUCGUGUCAAUGUAACAUUGAGCUCACAAGAAAUGUAUUUAUACCAGAGGAUGUGAUUCAGUUCACACUAGAUAUUAAAGAUUGUGCUUUAGAUGUGAAAUCCAAAGAAAUAAUCAUCAAGGUAGUGGAGAGAACUUCCUAUCGAUCAUUAUUGGAUGACUUUAAGGAGCAAGACAAUAAUGUCAUUGUGUUCCAUACUCUGACAGAUUGCCACACUGAAGACGAAGUCAGCAAGACAAUUCAAGUCAUUCUUCCGAGUGACAUUUCAGAGUCAACAAGAGGAUUGACCAAAAUGAUGACUGUAUCACAUUUGAUUGAAAUUGAAUUUUUUGGAGAAGGGUAA